AUGCACGGCUCAGCGCGGCCGGGAGGAAACGCUCAUGGAGAUGUGCCCUCUGCGUCUCUGCCGGGCACACCAGGAGCAGGUGGCAUGACACCGUCCAGUAGGCCGGCUAUAUCUGAAAAGACGUCGCCGGUCAUGGCGUAUCCAUUUCCAGCAACAGGCCAGAAGAACCCCUCAAACCCCAACUCGAUCCAUGGGAACGCUACUCGCGAGCCUGACGCACGAACACCACGAUUUCACCAAGUGACUGGAUCCAAACGACCAUUUUCAUACUCUGGCGAUGGGCCUCUAGAGCUAAAGCAUCCGCCGUAUAGCCAUCAUCAUCCUUCGAAUAGUCUUCCAAAUACCAGUACAAUGGUUUCUCCGCUGAAGGCUACUGCGCAGCCAGUUCGACAAAUCGAUACGCGGCAUCACAUCACUGGCCCAGCGCCACCAGAGGACUAUCAGCGACACUCAGAAGUACAGCAUCAUCCUCGUCCCCACUCGCAUUAUCAUCAAGGCCAUCACGGUGCGCCUCACCCUACUCCUCAACAGACCACGGCAACUACUGAGGGCGGAUCAGCUUGGCCGGACAUGAUGCGACGCUCAGGGAUGGGGGGCCCUAAUCUCAACUCGGACGGCCAGCAAGCCUACAUGACCUUGCCUGGUAGUGAAAUCCCGAUUACGGUCCAAGUUGACUAUUCCCAGGCGUCAAAAAAGGCGGACGAGAAGCGCCAGCGAAACGCAAAGGCCUCGACGCGGCACCGUAGGAAAAAGAAGAAUAUUCAGGAAGAGAAUAUUCGCUUGUUGCAGGAUAUGAAGGACGACCAGGAGGCAAUGGCUGACCAGAUCACAAAUCUGCAGCGCCAGCGCGACUUUUACCGUGAAGAGCGCAACCGCCUCAGAGAAGUUGUCCUACACACACCCGCCAUCAGCCAGCAUGCCUCUGGACCGCCGAGCCCGGUUUCGACCAGAAGUGUCAAUUCGUACGCGGAUCACAGCCCUCUCGGGGGCCAGUCACGAGUGCUACAUACACCGAAUCAAGGGUAUAUCAGUGAAACAUCGUCUGUCGAGCGGCCAGCGCAGCGACGGAGAACCGACGAUCGGCCUGAAUACUCUACCAACUAUUCUACACAGUCUGGACCGCCGCCGACGACGCUUCCUCCCAUGCAUUCUCACGGACAGAGCAUGCCGCCUCGGCCCAUGACGGCACACCCGACGACGCACCAGGAGAGACUUCCGCCGCUGCGAGCCAUUGAUGGGCCGCCUCCCCACGAGAUGCAUGCAGGACAUCCCACGCACGAGAGGGACCCAGCCACUGGUGACUGGCGAGUUACGCAGGGGAGGCCUUACGAAACCGGCUGGGCUACCCCUCGAAACAUUGACACGCACCCACGAUGA